AAACGUUAAGAAACACGUUUAGCCACGCCCUUUUCAGCAGUUGCUAAUGCCAUCACAGAGACACGCUAUCUACCGCCAUCUUACUAAAUACAACCCAUAUAUAUAAAUAUGUAUCACUUGACGUGUACAGCAUUAAAAGACUUAACGAGGAUAGUAACAAUCGGACCUUUUGGGGAGUUGCCAUAGUAACCUCUGAUUACAUCUUUCAUCCGGGCAUAAUAAAAUAUACACAAAAUUAAGAAGACGCAACACCUUCGAAAUCGUUUAUUUCGUGUUUGACAGCCUAACCUUCUGGAUUUGCCAUUUACAUUUACAAAAAAUGCGGCCAGGUAAUUAUGCGGUAGCUGGAAACUCCCGCAGGACGCCGAAUGUUGGACGGAAGACGGUGAACGUCAAGACGGGACUACUCCGAUUGUUCUCCAUCAUCAACAUUCUCAUCUACUCUCUCUGCGUCGGCUUAGAGGCGGUCCAUCCGUACAUUGGCCAGGGCAUCUGGGGUUCCAGCGUUCACUUGAUUUCCGGCUUAGUUGGAUUCAGCGGUUCUUACAGGCCCACAAAAAUGAGGUUGUCAUGGGUGUUGGCCUUCUCCUGUUUAUCCAUCAUGUUCGCCUUGAUUGUCAGCGGUUUGUCGUGGGCUGGCUACACCGACUGCCAUCACUAUCAUUCUGAAUACGACCUUGAUAUUGACAUUUGCAAAAAACCCAUUUCUCAACUGGCUUUAUUGGUCGUUAAUAUCGUGGCCCUCAUCUUCAGCCUUUUGUCCGUCAUUGUGGUUGCACGUCCGUUGUGUUGUGCUCCCCCUCAGCCGCAGAAUCGGCCAGGUUUUCCUAACAUCAAUGUCUCCGUCAUCGGAUCUUCAACAGACACGUCCAGGGGGAUGACAACGGUUAACUCGUCAGCUAUUCAAACCUUUCCGUCGCACAGGCCAGAGCGGGAAAUCCUCGCUAGAAUGGCCUUAUUUUCAUCACGUCGCCUGGAAGAAGAAGAAGAAGAACGACCUCCUCGUUAUUCUAUUGCCGUGGCAGAAUCUGAUGAACAGCAAGCACAAAGUUAACAAUACAAUAUUUAUUUGCGAAUCAAAUCAGCUGGCUUUCCUAUAUUGCUGUAUGAAAUGCAUCGUUUUUGUUGUCUAUGGAACGGUCUAUAACCAAUCAAAUAAUUCUUUGAAUUGAUAUAGAAUUUGUAUAUUAUUCACCAACGGACGUGUGUAACGUAUUUGUUCUAAUAAUAAUCCGUUGCGAAAUUUAGUAUUUAUUAAACGAUUUGCUUUUCCA